UUUUCUGAACCUAGAUAUAAAUUAGAUUUCGCAGCAGCGAAUUAAAAUCGAAGACAAUGGAGGCGCUGAGGGUGUUUCACACUCUAUCUUGUUCUUCUUCUUCUUCACAUCCUCUGAGACACCUCUUCCACUUAGCGUCUUCUUCGAAAUUCACUACUUUACCUCUCUGCUCGCCUCGUUUUCUUCUGGCCCGCUCUCCUCGGCCUUCAAUCACCGUCGCCUCCGCCGUGAGGAAUCGCAGGUCCUCCACCUCCGCAACUCCAUCUUCUACUUCCGAUAGAGACGCAAUUCGCUCCAUUCGUCUCAAAAAGGUUGAGGAGUUGAGAGCUACCGGAUUUGAACCCUAUGCCUAUAAGUGGGACAGGACUCAUUCUGCUAAUCAGCUGCAAGAGUUAUACAGACAUCUUGAAAAUGGCCAAGAGUCUAAUGAUGAGAAAGAUCAUGUUUCUAUUGCAGGAAGGAUUGUUGCUCGCAGAGCUUUUGGGAAACUUGCAUUUUUGACUUUACGAGAUGAUUCAGGGACAAUUCAGCUAUACUGUGAGAAGGAUAGGCUUGCAAGCCAGUUUGACCAGUUGAAGGCACUUGUUGAUAUUGGUGAUAUUCUCGGGGCCAGUGGUUCCAUAAAGCGGACAGAGAAAGGGGAACUUUCUGUAAUUUUAAACUCAUUUUCAAUUCUCACUAAAUCAUUGCUUCCACUGCCAGACAAAUAUCAUGGUCUAACAGAUGUCGAUAAGCGCUAUCGGCAGCGCUAUGUUGAUAUGAUUGCAAAUCCUGAGGUAGCUGAUACAUUCCGUAAAAGAGCAAAGGUUGUAUCAGAAGUACGGAAGACAGUUGAAUCUUUAGGCUUCAUUGAGGUCGAAACGCCAGUUUUACAGGGAGCAGCUGGUGGAGCAGAAGCGAGGCCCUUCAUUACACACCAUAAUUCUCUUGGUAGGGAUCUUUACUUGAGAAUCGCAACGGAACUCCAUUUAAAAAGAAUGCUGGUUGGAGGGUUCGAAAGAGUGUAUGAGAUAGGCCGAAUUUUCAGAAAUGAAGGCAUUUCUACUCGUCAUAAUCCUGAAUUCACUACAAUAGAGAUCUAUGAAGCAUACUCAGAUUAUGAAAGCAUGAUGAACAUGGCUGAAGAAAUUGUAACUCGAUGUGCUCUAGCAGUUCAGGGAAAACUUAUUAUUGACUAUCAGGGUGUAGAAAUAUGCCUUGAAAGACCCUGGAGGAGAGAAACUAUGCAUAAUCUUGUGAAAGAAGCUACUGGAAUUGAUUUUACUGAGUUUGGUAGUGAUCUUGAGAAAGCGAAAGAUGUCACACUAAGUUCACUUAACAUAGGUUCGAAUAAUCAAGAAGCAAACUCAGUUCGGGCAUGUCAAUCUAUUGGUCAUGUGUUGAAUGAGGUUUUUGAGACGGUGGUAGAACCAAAUCUUAUACAGCCAACCUUUGUUUUGGACUACCCUAUUGAAAUAUCACCUCUAGCUAAGCCACACAGAAGGCAUGCAGGCUUGACUGAGAGAUUUGAACUGUUCAUUUGUGGCCGUGAACUGGGAAAUGCCUUCUCUGAAUUGACUGAUCCAUUAGAUCAGAGAGGACGCUUGGAAGAGCAAGUGAGGCAGCACAAUGAAAAGAGGGCAGCAGCUGCAACAGUUUCAGAAGUGUCUUCCGAAGAAGGAAAAAAAAGUGAUGAUGAUUCUUAUGACGUAAAUCUGGAUGAUGACUUUCUUACAGCCCUUGAGUAUGGGAUGCCUCCCGCUUCAGGAAUGGGACUUGGAAUUGACAGGCUAGUAAUGCUCCUCACAAACUCUGCUAGUAUUCGUGAUGUUAUUGCUUUUCCAGUCCUCAAGAUUCAGCAAUAAUGCUAUACAGAAUUUGCGGGAAAUGCAUUUUAGACUACAAUUGCUAAGUGGUGGAAAUUGCUGCAGGGUUUAUUUAUGUUUAUUUCAUUUCUAUGACACUGAAGAAAAGUUUUGGCGUGGGAAGUUGGUUAUGUUGUUAAAGAGAGAAUUAGUCAGCUUAUUGAGACUUGCUUGAGGAGUUCAAUACCUGUAAGUUACCAGUCAUUACUUAGUGAUAGUCAUGGCACCUUCGAAAUCACCCAAUAUUAUAUACUUUUAUAACCUGCAACUCUAAUAUAUACAUAUUUCCAGUUGGACA